AUGUGGAAAAAUGAGGGUAUGGAUGCGUUCUAUAUCUGGGGAGGACAUCUGCCGUACGGAGGAAAGAUCGAUGGACCAAAAUCAUGGAAAUUUGAGGCGGAUGGCAACGGUGGCGGCCAGUGGGUAACGGAGUCACCAGCGAACCCAUCGUUCUUCGGCGAGCUGAAGAGGUGCGAGGAGGGUGCGUACGCGAGCACAAGCGACGCCGCAUUCUGGUUUGGAGGUAUCGCAUCCGGCUGGACAAAUUCGAAUCCCGCUUCGCAGCCAGUUCCUGGGGUUAUAUCAUACAACAUGACGACCAAGGUUUGGAGCAAUGACACGACGUCAGACUUUUCGGCAUUCUCAGAAUAUGGAACUAUUGUUGGUGGCGGGGCCGUCUACAUCCCAACAUUUGGGAGGAAUGGUAUUAUUGUUGUCAUGGGAGGCGUGACGUUCACCCUUGAGCCGAGUCAAAAGACUUCGCAUGGUUGGAUGGACUUCAGCAACCUAACUUUCUACGACCCUAUCACAAAAAACUGGUACUGGCAGAAGGCAACGGGCACGCCACCAACCGCACGAAGGGGGUUCUGCUAUGUUGGUGCUGAGGGGAAGAACGGAACCUACGAGAUCUUCGUUUUCGGAGGUACCAACACUGAUAGCGGCUCAACGUUCGAUGAUGUCUUCGUUCUUAGUCUCCCGGGUUUCGUGUGGACUCAAGUACCGUACGAAUCCAAGAACACGCGGCGAUAUCAUACUUGCACCGUGGUUGGCCGUCGUCAGAUGCUUUCCGUCGGAGGCACUGACGGGAAGACAGCCUGGUCUGGAGCGGACCCCUGGCCGAACGGCCUCGGGUUGUUCGACAUGACCGACUGGGCAUGGAAGACAGAUUAUGACGCGGAAGCCAAAGACUACGAGACCGCAAACACAAUUCGGGACUGGGGUCUCAGCUCCAUCGUAUGGUCCUCUGAGACAGUACAAAACCUAUUCACUAGCACUGCGACAUCUAAUGGCUCCUCUACCGGAGAUAGGGACAACAAAGCCAGCGACAGUAGUCUCGAUGAAGGAAGCCAGAAAACCCUUUCUACCGCUGUGAUAGCUGGCGCCGUUGUAGGAGCGAUUCUGGGCUGUGCCUUAGUUGCAGCAGCCUUUUGGUUCCUGAGAAAGCGCAAGCGGGACCAAGCGGCAGCCGCUGAAGAGUUCAAAGAUGAGCCCGGCAAUAGAACAUAUUACCAGGCUGUGCCCCCGGGAGAAUUGCAUUCCGAACCGACAAGGACAGAGCUUUAUGGUGGAUCUACGCCGAAGCAUGAGCUCUGGGCGGAGUUGCCGAAGCCAGAGACUGCUGAGAUACAGGCUCAGCAUGUUACAGUCACAGAGUUGGAUGCCCGACCGGAUCACAACGACCAUCUCUUGAGGAGAUGA